CUACCCCAGCGUUAAAAUCAAAAUGGACUCGUCCAAAUUACAGUAACUCGAUACCCAAGGCUAUAUGUACAGCGGAGGUUUCCAGAAUGCCCCACUUCCGUUAAGGGAUCGAGUUACUCUGCACGUACGCUACUUGUACGUGGGCAUUUCCCUAUACAACGUGGACAGAAUCGGAAGGAAGACAAGUGUCAAUCAGCUGUGUCCAGGUGAACUUGACUGUCACUGGGGCAGUGGUGCGUUACACGUGUGUUGUUAUUGUUUACUCCUGUCACUGUGUAUGUGUGUGUGGAUUCUGAGUCUGUGAAGUAAGAUGACGACAUUUACGUUUUGGUGUGCUUGCGUGGCACUGAUUACAAUGGUCCAAGGAGAAAUGUUCACCUCUUUAGCGGCCAUGCAGUCUACACUCUGGGCCGAGAGGGAAAUCGCCGCUACUAUAAAUGAUUAUAUUCAGGAAGAAGAGGCUCGACUGACCAAGUUAAAACAACUGGCUGCAGACAUGCAUUCACACAGUAAUCAAGUAUUGAAGAAUCCUGAGAAAUAUCUUGGAAAUCCAGUCAAUGCCUACUUACUGAUCAAAGGGUUUACGAUAGACUGGGACAGAGAUGUUACUGGAGAAAUAAGUUCACUCAAACCAGAUUUAGAAGAGAGGAUUCAACACCUCAAAGAAAGUCUACCAUCCUACGAGGAUUUAAACGGUGCUGUGGUGGCCUUACUGAGAUUACAGGAUACCUACAAACUCGACACAGACCGUAUCGCUGGGGGUGACCUCCAGGGUACACCCUCUGUCUCCUUGACAGCUGACGACUGCUUUGAGUUAGGGCGUGUGGCAUAUCAUGACCUUGACUAUUAUCACACGUCAUUGUGGAUGGAAGUGGCCCUCAAUAAACUCGACAAGGAAGUCAACAAGACGGUCCAUCGUAAGGACAUCCUAGAUUACCUAUCCUUCUCCGUGUACAAAGAAGGGAACCUGAAUUACGCCCUGACAUUGACAGAGGAGCUCCUCACCCUAGCCCCUGAUAACACGAGGGCCCAGAACAACAAACGUUACUACAAGAAAAUGUUAAAUGACCGUGCCAUUGAGGCACGGAAACUUGCGAGCCAGCAUGGAGAGACAGGGGAGGAAACUGCUGAGGAGGAGGAGAUAGAGAUCAAACAUGAACGUAAGCUGGACGAAUACCGCAACUCAGAGGAGUUCGCCACGUAUGAAAAACUGUGCAGAGGAGAGGACACACAUAUGUAUAAACACAGACACAGGUUGGUUUGUCGUUACUUCACAAACAACAUGCACCCUCUGUUAAUCCUGUGCCCCAUGAGGUUAGAGGAAAUUUACCUAGAUCCUUAUCUCAUAUUUUUCCAUCAAGCCGUCUCCGACUACGAGAUAUCAGUCAUUAAGGAGCUUGCCACCCCUAGACUCGGCCGGGCCACAGUUCACAACGCAAAGACCGGCCAAUUAGAAACAGCUACGUACAGAAUCAGCAAAAGUGCCUGGUUAAAGGAUGAUGAUGACCUUGUGAUAAGCCGAGUGAACAGAAGAAUAGAGGCAGCCACAGGUUUAAAUAUGGCAACAGCAGAAGAUUUACAGAUUGCUAAUUAUGGACUUGGUGGACAUUAUGAACCUCAUUUUGAUUUUGCCAGGAAAGAAGAAAAACAUGCCUUCAAAAGUUUAGGGACAGGAAACAGGAUAGCAACAUGGCUGACUUAUAUGAGUGAUGUUGAAGCUGGAGGAGCAACAGUAUUUCCUUACAUUGGAGUAAAAAUAUUUCCUGAAAAGGGGGGAGCAGCGUUCUGGUACAACUUAUAUAAGAAUGGAGAAGGCAUUUAUAACACGCGACAUGCUGCCUGUCCUGUACUGGUCGGCACCAAAUGGGUCUCCAACAAAUGGAUUCAUGAACGAGGCCAAGAAUUCCGGCGACGAUGUGGUCUCUAUCCGGACGAUUAACAUCAUUAAUCCUCCUCCUUAUCAUCAUCAUGAUUACCUCACAAACUCAUCCUCAUUUCUUAAUAUUCAUUACAAAGUAAACAUUAUAAUGCACAGUUCCCAGAACAGAUCCAUACUGUAGCCAGACCUUCAAUGUCUUACAAAGUGAUAAACAAGCCAGUAGGAUGUGUUUUGGGAAUUGUCUCAUUUGUGAUUUCUGUAACAAUAUUUUAUUUUGCUUCAAGAUAUAUAUAUAUAAAACAUAGUUUUUAAGAAAAAACGUCCUGGUGAAAUAUAAAAUAUGUUUUUAGUUCCUAUCCAACAUUGGUAUUGAUAAAGGGCCAUCACACGACUGAGAUAUAUGUAAUCAGCCAUAAAAUAUGGUACAUGUAUUAAUAAAGGGCCGUCACAGGACCUAGAUAUAUGUAAUCAGCCAUAAAAUAUGGUACAUGUAUUAAUAAAGGGCCGUCACAGGACCUAGAUAUAUGUAAUCAGUCGUAAAAUAUUCCUAGAAUUUAUACUUCUGUAUAUAGUACAAAGAUGAAGUUUUCCUUUAUCCUUAGAUAGAAUACCCCCAAAACAAAAUUUCACAUUUAUAAAGAAUUUAAGAAGACCGAUUGAUUUAGAUAUGAUGUUUGGAGGUACAAGUCUGCACCCGUUAAACAGUGUCAACCAGUGUGCUUUGUACAGUUGUACUCCUCUGUAUGUGACAACAAACAUGUAUAUGACCAGGAUCUGUGUACAAUUGUAUAUCUCUGUAUGUGUCAACAAACAUGUAUAUGACCAGGAUCUUUGUACAGUUGUAUGCCUCUGUAUGUGUCAACAAACAUGUAUAUGACCAGGAUCUGUGUACAAUUGUAUAUCUCUGUAUGUGACAACAAACAUGUAUAUGACCAGGAUCUUUGUACAGUUGUACUCCUUUGUAUGUGACAACAAACAUGUAUAUGACCAGGAUCUUUGUACAGUUGUAUGCCCCUGUAUGUGUCAACAAACAUGUAUAUGACCAGGAUUUAUCAUCAGGAUAAACCAUUGACACCAUGCUUUGCCGCUCUUUGUGUAGAAACUUUUUACAUUUUAAUUCUUUUUAAAGUUUCGCUAGUGGAAUACAACUCAUAUUUGGCUGUAAUGAUUCUAAGAAAGUGUUGGUCAAAACAUUUAGUUGUUGGGGUGGCCCCAAAUUUCAAGAUGGCUUAGAUGGCUACCAUGUGGAAAAACACAUUUCAAACUUCUCAAGUUACACUGGUGCCAUUUAGCAGAAAAUUGGUGAAGAUGUUCAGGAAAGGAAGCCGAGAAAGUGUUGAUAUAUUU